AUGAAGUUCACCUCUGUGGCUCUUACUGCUGAUAUCCUCCAGUAUGCUCUAACCCUGGAGCACCUCGAGGCCACCUUCUACGCGGAGGGUUUGAAGAACUACACUAAGCAGGACUUCGCCAAUGCUGGCCUGAACGAGGCUGCCUACAGCAACCUGAAGAUGAUUGCCAGCGAUGAGACGUCUCACGUGCAGUUUCUCACUAAGGCUCUCACUGCUGCCGGAGCCAAACCCGUGGAACAAUGCACCUAUGCUUUCCCUUCCACCGAUGUCAAGAGCUUCCUCGCCCUCGGCAAUGUCCUAGAAGGUGUUGGUGUCAGUGCUUACCUCGGUGCCGCUGCAUCCAUUGUGGACAAAACCUACCUGACUGCUGCCGGCAGUAUCUUGACCGUCGAGGCCCGCCACAGCGCGUAUCUGCGCGCUGCCCUUGGCGAGGCCGCUUCUCCCCAGCCCUUCGACACCCCAUUGGACUUCAACGAAGUCUAUACUGUGGCUUCACCUUUCAUCGUGUCGUGCCCAUCGAGCAACCAGAUGUUGCCAGUCAAAGCAUUCCCGUCUCUGACCAUGGCCUCUAUGACCCCUGCCAUGACUGGCUCGAAGGUCCAGCUGACGGUAGGCUCUGGCUUUGACAUGUCUAUGAACACCAAGGAUCUCUAUGCCGCCUUCAUCACCGUCACCGGUCCCAUUUGGGCUCCUCUGUCCUUCAUGGGCAGCGGCAAGUUCACCGUGACCAUUCCCGAGGGCGUCGCUGGCCAGAGCUACGUUGUUCUCACCAAGGGCAACACUCAGGCCACUGACGACAAUAUCGUUGCCGGUCCCGCCAUUAUCGAGGUAAAUUGA